ACACGCCACAAUUCUUCCUUUACAAACAGAUAAUAAUUAAUGAGCGGAAUCUUUAACACUGAGCUUCACUUUGCCUUAAUUUACAUUUUAAAUGGCUGUAUGAGUCAAAGUAAAAGAGAGACGAAAGAGGAUCAAAUGCCGAGCAUGGAUCCACCGGCGAGACGCCCGAGCGACGAUGGUGAAGGAGAGUCUCCUGCAGACGUCGAAUCUCAUCGAAUUUGUCAUCCAAUAGCUGGAGUGGCUGUUGCCACGGUAACGACUAUCCUCUUCGCUGGACUCCUUUUGUCCUUGGUGCAAUUUGUGUGUUUGUCAGUCGUGUGGAGAGCAGCGCCGGAGGUUUGUCGGACUCCCAGCAGCUAUCCUGGAAAGGAGCAACUGCAGCUGUGUCAAAAGGAGCGACAUGAUCUGGACCCGAUGCUCCACACUGCCACUCGAGACUCCAGAUGCAGGUGGUGUCCGGGCGGCUGGCUGUGGUGGAGGCGUCGCUGCUACCUCUUCCCUGUGGGACCGCAGGAGAACCGCCGGUGGGGCGCGAGCGCCGGGUUUAGUCGGGGCCACAACGGCAGUCUGGCUGUGAUCGAAGACGCUGCAGAAAUGGUUGGCGGUGGAGUGGGAUGCCGAUCACAGGGACUGUGCAGACCUGCGGGGAGGUGGGAGCGUGUUCGCUGCCGACUGUGAUGCGUACGGACCGUGGGUUUGUAAGAGAGAGGCCUUUUUUUAAUACUAA